ACGCUUCCUGAGUGUAAUCAAGUCUGUGGCUUAGCAGCAAGACUCAGUCAGAGAGGAGAGUCGUCAGAGCAGAAGAAAUGUCUCUUCUGGAGGAUUGUGUUGCCUUCCUUUUUUCCAGUCCCACCACUAUGUUGGGGGCUGCCGCUCUCCUGCUUCUUCUCUGUCUUCUUGUUUCCAGUAGUCUCAACUCGGAUGAGUCGCAGAAGGAGCCUCCAGGACCAAAACCUUUACCCCUGCUAGGCAACCUGUUGCAGCUAGACCUCAAGAGACCCUACAGAACGCUCUGCGAGCUUUCUAAGAAAUAUGGGUCUGUGUUCACGGUGCACUUUGGACCAAACAAAGUGGUGGUCCUGGCCGGGUACAAGGCAGUCAAAGAGGCUCUGGUCGGCUGUGCAGAAGAGUUUGGAGACAGACACAUUUCCCCCGUGUUUUACGAUAUAAACCAAGGUCACGGGAUUCUGUUUGCAAACGGAGAGUCCUGGAAAGAGAUGAGACGUUUCGCCCUGACCACCCUGAGAGACUUUGGGAUGGGCAAAAGAAUAGCAGAGGAAAAAAUCUUGGAGGAAUGCCAGCAUCUGAUCCAAAUGUUUGACCAGCAUAAAGGAAAACCCUUCGAUACAUCUCAUCCGACGAACUAUGCUACAUCAAAUGUCAUAUCGGCCAUUGUGUACGGGAGUAGGUUUGAAUAUGACGACCUCCGAUUCACAAACAUGGUGCAAACAACAAACGAGACCAUACGUUUCAUUGGUUCUGCACAAAUCGGGCUUUACAACAUGUUUCCCAGGCUGCUCUGUUGGAUCAAAAACAAGAAGCUGGUGAUGAGAAAUACUGCGAGGGUUGUCAAAAAUGUAAAAGAGAUAGUCAAGAGUCUAACAGAAACACUUAACCCUCAAUUAUGCAGGGGGUUUGUGGACUGUUUUCUGAUUCGAAAGCAGAAAGACGAUGACACUGGUGUAGUGGACACCCAUUUCAACGAGCAAAACUUGAUAUUUUCAAUCACCAAUCUGUUUGGAGCUGGUACUGAUACCACGGCAACCACACUCAGAUGGGGUUUUAUGCUUAUGGCCAAGUAUCCACAUAUACAAGAGAAGGUCCAUGAGGAGCUGGACAGGGUGUUGGGAAGCCGGGAGGUGCGGGUAGAUGAUCGGAAACACAUGCCAUACAUUGACGCUGUCAUCCACGAGACACAAAGACUGGCCAGCAUUGCCCCCAUGAGUUUACCUCACAAAACCAGCCGAGACGUCACCUUCCAGGGAUACUUUAUCAAAGAGGGGACUAUUGUAUUUCCUCUGCUUACGUCUGUUCUAUAUGAUGAGAGUGAAUGGGAGAGACCCUACACUUUCAACCCUUCCCACUUUCUGGAUGAGGAGGGUAAAUUCUUCAAGCCUGAUGCCUUCAUACCAUUUUCUGCAGGUCGCAGGGUGUGUCUUGGAGAAGGUCUGGCCAAGAUGGAGCUCUUCCUCUUCUUCACCUCCAUCCUUCAACGGUUCCGUUUCACUCCUCCACCUGGAGUUACAGAGGACGAACUGGAUCUCACACCAGCUAUUGGCCUGACACUCAACCCUUCACCUCACCAGCUUUGUGCUGUAAGUCGAGAUCUGUAAAGUGGCAUGAUAACUGCCAGAGUUUGUAAAAAAAAACGUUAGAAUAACAUGAGCGGACAGUUUCUCUGUCACUCCCAAAAAAGUUACCUGAAGUGGUCUCACCAAAGGUGAAUGACGUCAUACAUAAGUGGAGGUCGUUGACUUCACUGUAAGUCAAAUCAUAUUUGUAGUUUGUACACAUUAGUUGAAACAAUCAGUAGAAAUGUUUUUUAAGGUUUUUGCAAAUGGGACUCCUACAUUACUACUCGUUUCUACAAUGAAUCAUAUACAUGAAAGGGUGCGCUUGGUUGGGUAGAUACAUAUUUUAUAUUAUAGAAGAUGAUAGAAAUAGAUUGACUUAUCAUAAAAGUCAUUUUUGAGCUGCCUCUACACAAAGCUGAUCUCAGGAACAUCUGAAAUUAAGACAAACUGCAUUUAUGAAACUAUUUUUUAUAUGAUUCCUGUUUGUUUUUUCUUUGAAUAAAAUAUUAAUUCAAUAAAAAUGUGA